AUGGCUCACGGGUACCGCACGCUGUCCCAGCACCUCAACGACCUCAAGAAGGAGAAUUUCAGCCUUAAGCUGCGCAUCUACUUUCUGGAGGAGCGCGUCCAGCAGAAAGGCGAAGGCAGCUGGGACGAUGUCAACCGAAGGAACAUCGAGCUGAAGGUGGAGGUGGAGAGCCUGAAGCGGGAGCUGCAGGAGAAGCAACAAGCCUUGGACAACACAUGGGUGGCUGCAGAGACCCAGACGACCCGCAGCCAGGCAGCACUGCAGCAGCAGUAUGAGGAGCGGCAGCGGGAGUCGGAGCAUGUCUAUGAGCUGCUGGAGAACAAGAUUCAGCUCCUGCAGGAGGAGGCCAGCCUGGCACGGAGUGAAGCCGAGCAGGCCACGGCGCUGGCCAGAGCCGAGGUGGAGCGGUGCCGGGAGCUGGCGGGGAAGCUGAAGGAGACUGCAAGGACAAAGGAGGAGGGCAGGAGAGAUGACAGCUGUGGUGCCAUGGCCCAGAGGAGGAUCGAAGAGCUGACCCAAGAGCUGGCUGCCAGCAACCGGCUGGUGGAAGCCCUGUCAGCAGAGAAUCACAACCUGCAGCAGCGCCUGGAGAAGCCCCUAGCUGUGGCAGGGCAGGUUCCAUUCCAGCUCUUAAAAUACCCCCAGCAGCCCGUCACGGUGCCAGGGAGGAUGAAGGACACCUGCCGGAUCUGCGCGCGGGAGCUGUGCGGGAACCAGCGGCGAUGGAUCUUCCACACGGCGGCCAAGCUGAACCUGCAGGUGCUGCUCUCCCACGUGCUGGGCAGGGAGCUGUGCCGCGACGGCCGGUCCGAGUUCGCUUGCAGCAAGUGUGCCUUCAUGCUGGACCGCAUCUACAGGUUCGACACGGUCAUCGCGCGCAUCGAAGCCCUCUCCAUCGAGCGCCUGCAGAAGCUGCUGCUGGAGAAGGACCGCCUCAAGUUCUGCAUUGCAAGCAUGUACCGCCGGAACAACGAAGACCCCAGCACCGACGACAGAGCUGGGGACGGGACUGUGGACCUUUCCAACCUCCCCGACGUGCGGUACGCUGCCCUCCUUCAGGAGGCCUUCGCGUAUUCUGGGUACGAAUACUGGGCCGACCAGGAGGAGCAGGGCUGGGAGCCGCACAGCUGCCACGCUGCCGAGGGAACCAGCAGCCGUCCCCGCCGCUGCCGGGGCUGUGCCGCCCUGCGGGUGGCUGACGCUGACUACGAAGCUAUUUGCAAGGUGCCACGGAAAGUGGCCAGAAGCAUCUCCCGCGGGCUGUCCAGCCGCUGGGCGACCAGCAUGGGCAAUGAGGAGGGAUCCGCGUGCGACGCGGCAGAGUCUGCGGGGGCCAGAGGGCCUGUGGAUGGGGAGAGCAUGGAGGAAGGCACCACGCCCGUGUCCUCUGUCGAGUCCCUGGACACGACCGUGGAGGUGAGCCCUCCCCAGCAGAAGGAUGAAGAUGCAGAGAAGGGGGUGAAAGGGCUUGGAAGAUGUGAUGAUUUCUCGGAUGACCGCAUGACCCCAAUCUCUUCGCUGAGUGGGAACAGGCUGGAGCUGGCCCUCAGCUUGAUCAAGGCUUUGGACUACAAACCCCUCCAGAGCCCCCGAGGCAGCAGGCUGCCUAUUCCUGUGAAGUCCAGCUUGCCUCCUCCCAAGCUCAGCCGUGAGCUGGCAGAUGGCAGCGCUUCUGUGUGUGCUGCUUCUGCCUUCCUGAACACAGACAGAAAAUCCUUUUCCAGAGCUCCUUUGAGUCUUUCCCUGGAUGUGUCUGAACUGCAGGAGCUGUGGGACGACCUCUGUGAGGAUUACAUGCCGCUGCGGGUACAGAAUUUGCAAGAUGAAGAUCAACAGCCUGCUCCAGGUGACCCUGCAGCGCGGGAGCACGUGUCUGAUCUGUGCGCUGCAGAGCUGCAGGGCAAACUCCAGCAAUUUGAAGCUGCCAACAAGUUGUUACAGGAGAAGCUGAAUGAAUUGAAUUUUGAAUUAAAAUCUGUCCAAGAAACAUCACAGAGGCAAGAUCAUACAAUCCAGAGUCUGAACGAGGCCCUGAAGAGCAAAGAGAGUAAGACAGAAGAGCUGUAUCGGAUCAUCGAAGGGCAGAAUGAGACAAUGGCCAAGCUGCGGGACAUGUUACAGAAAAGCCACCUGGGACAGUUGCAGGUGUCAGAGAACACACUCCCAUCCCAGGAGCAGCAAAUGUCACUCCUAGAUCUUCAGAACACGCUUUUCUGCACCAAGCUGGAGGUGCAGAAACUGAGAAGAGCUCAGCGCCAGAAAGACCAUCAACUGGCUGAAGCCAGGAGAGCAACUGAGCACCUUGAAACCAUGGUGCAUGAGGAACAGCAGCAGAAAGAGGCAACCUGGAAACACAACCAGGAGCUGCAUGCUGUGGUACAGCAGCUGCAGGCAGAGCUGCAGGACAAGGCUCAGAAGCUCCAGACUGUGGAGUGGGAGAAAUGCCGUGAGCUGCAGGCCCAGGAGCAGAGAGUGCAGCGUUUGACUCAGCUUCUGGCUCGCAAGGAACAGCUGCUGCAGGAAUCGAGGGAACUUCUGCAAUGCCAGCAAAACUUGGACAAGAGUCCUGCAGCCAUGAAUGCCAUGUUGGAGAAGCUUCAGCAGCGAGUUAGCGACAGGGAUGCAGCUUUGGAGCGAGCAGUAGAUGAGAAGUUCUGUGCCCUGGAGAAGAAGGAGCAAGAGCUGCAGCAGCUCCAUCUCUCAAUAAGGGAGCAUGGAGGUGACCUGGAGAGGUUGCGCAAUGUCCUGUCCAGCAAUGAGGCCACCAUUCAUAGCCUGGAGAGCCUCCUGAAAGCCAAAACGCUGGAACUAGAGCAGGUCUCAGCAACCUGCCAAAACCUCCGCUGGCUGAAGGAGGAGAUUGAGGCCAAAUCCUGCAGCAGGCAGAAGGAGCAGGAGGGGAUCAUCCAGCAGCUGCAGACCUGCCUGCAUGAUAGGAACAAGGAAGUGGAGGAGCUUACAGCAACUCUGCUGUGCAAGCUGGGCCCAGGACAGAGCGAGGUAGCAGAGGAGCUGUGCUUGCGUCUCCAGCACAAGGAGAAGAUGCUGCAGGAUCUCCUCAGUGACAGGAACUGUCAGACCAUGGAGCAUGAUGCCGAAAUCCGGGCGCUGCUGCAGGCUGUGAGCACCAAGGAGCAGCAGAGCCGAGUGGCUGUGGAGAAGAUGUCACGUGCUCUGGCCGAAAGGAGCUGCGAGUUACAGCUCCUGCGCCAGCAUCUGUUGGGGAAGGAGCCUGUUGGGACCCAGUCAGCUGGUGCCAGGCUUUUGAAGCAGGACAAACAGCCCAUACAAGAAAUACUGCAAAGAGCUUGUGGAGAUACAGCCAUUGCCAGACCCCAGCAAGCAGACAGCAGCUGCAGGACAGGGGGAGUUACAACGUCAGCAGCAGAGCUGGAGAAGGAUCUUCUUAAUGCCAAAGAGGAGCUGGAGCUAAUGGCAAAGAAAGAGAGGGAAAGCAGGCGGGAGCUUGCUGCUCUCCAGUCUGUGGUGGCCACGCAGGAGGAAGAGCUGCAGGUGCAGGCCUCAGAUAUAGAGUCCUUGACCAGGACCAUCCAGAUGAAAGAGGACCUCAUCAAGGAUCUGCAGAUGCAGCUGGUGGAUCCUGAAGAAAUUCCAGCCAUGGAAAGGCUGACAGAAGAAGUGCUGGUGCUUCGGGAGAAAGUGGCCAUAGCAGAGUCACGAGGACAGGAGGCUACUGGAAGCAGAAAGCAGCAGUUGUUACUGGUGCUGGAAGGGCUGGUGGCUGAAAGGAAUCGGCUGAAUGAGGCUCUCCAGGCAGAGAGGCAGCUCUACGGCAGCCUGGUGAAGUUUCACACACACCCAGACAGCUCUGCGAGAGACCACACCCUGCAGGUGGAGCUGGAGGGGGUCCAGGAGCUGCGGGGACAGCUGGAAGAAGCUCUUGGAAGAAGCUUGGAGCGUUUGAGCAGGCUGGAGACGCAGGGCGACAUAGGAGGUCAGGCCACAGGCGCGGAUGCUGAUGCCAGCACCAACUUCACCAGCAGCAUCAAGAAGGAGGCAGCUCACGGCGUGGCAACCCAGCUCGCGGAGGGCACAGUCCCCGGCAGGGGCUGGCCGGGGCUGGGCGCAGAGCUGUGCUCCCAGGUGGUGCAGGGACAAAGGCAGUGCCAGGAGCUGCAGGACAAACUUGCCGCCUCCGAGGCUGUGGUGCGGGCACAAGCUGAGCAGCUGGAGAAAUACCACGUCCUGCUCCCAGGUGAACCCCACGCCCAGCAGCUCAGCAAGCAAGUGCAGGUGGACUUCCAGGACCUGGGCUAUGAGACGUGUGGGAGGAGUGAGACUGAAGCUGACCGGGAUGAGACCACCAGCCCCGAGUGUGAGGAGCCAGAUGUGUUCAGCGAGCUCAGCCUGGGCGAGGAGCUGGGGUCCCCGUACCGCUCAGGGACGCGUAGGGCAGGCAAGGCUGCCCAGAAAGCUGUGGCUCCAGCAGACGUGGGGGUCCUGCACCAGCACAUCCAGGACCUCAAGGCACAGCUGCUUAAUGCCAACAAGGUGAUCCAGAGCCUGCAGCGCCGUGCCCGCUCCAUCUCCGUCACCAGUGGCUACACUUCGGGUGCCGAGCGACCCCAGCCGGGUCCCACGGCCCUGGCCUCCCCGGCCCACAGCCUCACCGAUGAGGAUGAGGGCUGGCAGUCCGACGGCCACGGCACCCUCUGCCCACCUGCCCUGCGGACACACCGUGACCUGCAGCACUUGGUGCACCGCGUCGCCCUCCUGGAGGCACAGCUCCCUGCGAUCAAGCCGGGGGGGGUCUUGCCCAAGGAGCUGCAGUCUGCCACGUGGCCAGGGAAGUACGACUCCCUGAUCCAAGCGCAGGCUCGGGAGCUGUCCCACCUGCGGCAGACGCUGCGGGAGGGCCGUGGGGUGAGCCACAGCCUGGCCCAGCACCUGCGUGAUGCCCUGAGGUCCUUUGAGGAUCUUCUCCGUGGCACCGACAUUGACUAUUACUUGGGCCAGGGCUUCCGGGAGCAGCUGGCCCGGGGCAGGCAGCUGGCUGAUAGGCUCAGUGACAAGCUGGGCACCAGAGAUCAACAAGAUGGGGAGGAUAGAACCAGCCAUGAACUCUUGGCACUGAGGCUCAGUCGGGAGCUCCAGGAGAAGGAGAAGGUGAUUGAGAGCCUGGAAGCAAAGCUGCAGGAGCGCUGUGAGUCCCCAGGCAGCAGCCGCCCACCCUCCGAGUCAUCCCGCUCUGCCACCAGCACGUCCUUCGUGUCCGAGGGGCUGGAGCCCUGCUCCGAUGGGGAUGUGGCCAGUGAGUGCAGCCAGUGCCCUGAGGAGCCUGCCCAUCUCACAGGCCUUCAUUUUGACUCCUUGUCCAAACCCGUUAGUGCCCCCCUGCCUGCACUGGCCCCUGAGCUGCCCCCCUUCCUGCCUGCUGGGCCACCCCCUCCUUCAGCUGCCCCACUCCUGGGCUGCUGUGGGACCCCCGUCUGCUCCCUGGCUGAGGCUCAGCAGGAGCUGCAGGUGCUUCGGAGGCAGCUGGGAGAAAGUGUGAGGCUGCCUGUGGCACCAGCAAAGCCCACAGCCCCACUGGGCCCCUUCAGAGAGGGCAGCAAAGCCCCAGUAUCACUCUGCCAACAUGGAAUGCUGCAGAGCCUGGCUGAGAUCCCCGGGGCUACCGAGACCCGUGCCCUCUGGGAUCAACCUCCUCCCAGCCAGCUGCUCUCCGGGGCCCUGCCAUCAGGGUACCCCUCCAGCCAGAAGCUAACGGGGGCUGACCUGCUGGAGGAGCACCUGGUGGAGAUCCGCAGCCUGCGCCAGCGCCUGGAGGAGUCCAUCUGCACCAAAGACCGGCUGGCGCAGCAGAAGGGCAGCCGCUGCUUCCCAUCUCCUCCGGUGCGGGAUGUUGGCACAAGCUCAGCAGUUCCCCUCCUCUCCCCACUGCCCUCUGACACGCCAGUGGCCCGGCAGAUGGACGUGCCAGGUGGGGCAGAUGCACCAGUGAGGAAGAGCGAGGGACCGACGGGGGCUCAUGUCAUCAGCCGCCUGGACACGUACCGGGCCCUGGAGCAGCGCGUUCUGGAGGGGAAGGUGCUGGCCCGUGAGCUGAUGUGUCUCACACGCCCGGCACUGGGGCUGCCCCACUGCCCACUCCCAGGAAAAGAGGCCUUGGGGUGGGCAGGCGCAGGGCACCUCUGGGGCAGCGCCAGCUCCCUGCACCGUGUCCUGGAGGAGUGUGUGUCUCUCCUCGCCGCCUUCUGGAGCACCGUGCUGCCUGCCAGCCCUGCCCAGCAGCGGGGCAAGGCCUUGGGGUGGGCAGGCGCAGGGCACCUCUGGGGCAGCGCCAGCUCCCUGCACCGUGUCCUGGAGGAGUGUGUGUCUCUCCUCGCCGCCUUCUGGAGCACCGUGCUGCCUGCCAGCCCUGCCCAGCAGCGGGGCAAGGAGCAGGAGCUACAGGGUGAGAUCGUGGCGCUGCGAGCCCAGCUCUCCGAGAGGGAGGACGCCCUGCAGAGCACGGCCGAGCGGCUGCGCAGCACAGCCCGGCUCAAGGACAGCAUGGAGCAGUUCAUCGUCAGCCAGCUGACCAGGACCCACAAUGUGCUGCGCAAGGCCAGGACAAACCUGGAGGUGAAGACUCAGCAGGUCCUGCCCGUCGCUUGA